AUGAAGCUGUACUACCUUGGGAUUAUCCGCAAUGACGGCCCGCAGCAGUCGACGGAGCUGAUUGCCGAGAAGGAGCUGAACGAGUACUCCCGAUUCACGCGGGGAAGCGUCGGCGAGUUCAUGACGGUCUUUUCGCGGACCGUGGCCGAGAGAACGAAGCCCGGACAGCGCCAGGAUAUUGAGCAGGACACCUACACGUUCCAUGCCUACGGCCGAAGUGAGGGCAUUACUGGCAUCAUCAUCAGCGACCAUGCGUACCCUGCCCUCGUUGCGCACCAGCUCCUCGGAAAGAUCGUCGAUGAGUUCCUCGCACAACAGCCACGCUCGGCCUGGGCCACAGGCACACCGACACUGUCCAUGCCCGAGCUCAAGAACUACCUGGCCAAGUACCAGGACCCACAGCAGGCCGACAGCAUCAUGAAGAUCCAGCAGCAGCUGGACGAGACCAAGAUCGUGCUGCACAAGACUAUCGAGAGCGUGCUGCAGCGGGGUGAAAAGCUCGACGAGCUGGUGGCCAAGAGCGACAGCUUGAGCAAUCAGAGCAAAAUGUUCUAUACCCAAGCAAAGAAGCAGAACUCGUGCUGCGUCGUUAUGUAA